CUCUCUUGCUCCACGUCAUUACACAUUAAAAACAAACAUGGCGGCGUACAGCACAGCUCUCCUGGCUGUAUUAGCUCUUAUUGUGGUGCUUUCACUGACCUGUUCCUCCUCAUAUUUAGAUGGAACCCUGCCGGCGGCCUCCACCUCGGUUCUGACCGUGCUGCUGCUGUUCUGGUUGUGGAGUUUACGGCGGAGGGACGCUGGGACUCACCGCCGGGUGUGUGUGCUGGUUUUGGGGGACAUUGGUCGCAGCCCUCGGAUGCAGUAUCACGCCUUGUCCCUCAGCAAACACGGAUUUAAUGUGACUUUUGUCGGGUUUCUGGACUCCAAACCUCACGGAGACGUGUUGAGAGAAGAGAAAAUAAGGAUCCUCCCGAUAACGGAGGUGAAAGGUGUCCCAGUUGGACCAAAAAUCCUCACAUAUGUGACGAAGGUGAUCCUUCAAGUUUUGCAGCUUCUCUUCGUGCUGCUGAAGACGGACACACAGUCUCAUAUCUUAAUGCAGAAUCCCCCGGGCCUGCCCAGCAUCGCGGUGGCGUGGCUCGUCAGCAUCCUGCGAGGGAGCAGUUUCAUCAUCGACUGGCACAACUAUGGCUACACCAUCAUGGCCCUGAGUCACGGACAGAGACACCCGCUGGUCCGGGUCGCAAAGUGGUAUGAACACUUCCUCGGCCCCAUGGCAGAUCACAACCUGUGUGUCACCAACGCAAUGAAGGACGACCUGCAGAAAAACUGGGGCAUCAAGGCGACGACGCUGUACGACAGACCGGCCUCCAUCUUCAGAGAGACGCCGCUGAAGCUGCAGCAUGAGCUCUUCAUGAGACUGGCCGACACGUAUCCUCAGUUUCAGAGUGAGAGGUCUGAGGAGGUGGAUCAGCUGGAUCAGGUGGAUCGGGUGGAUCAGAUGGAUCAGGUGGAGAGGACAGUUUUCUCAGUCCGUGACCUCACUGACGACACGGUGACGUUGGGGGCGGAGCGACCGGCGCUGCUGCUCAGUAGCACCAGCUGGACAGAGGAUGAAGAUUUCUCCGUCUUACUGAAGGCUCUUGAACAGUACGAAGGUUUUAUCAAAGGAGGAGCUUCUUUACCGCCGUUAGUGUGCGUGAUCACAGGUAAAGGCCCUCAGAAGGAACACUACAUGAAGCUGAUUGACUCUCUGAGUUUGGAUCAUGUGAAGAUCUGCACUCCCUGGCUGGAGGCUGAAGAUUAUCCAGUUUUAUUAGGUUCAGCAGACCUGGGUGUGUGUCUCCACAUGUCAUCCAGCGGUCUUGAUCUUCCCAUGAAGGUGGUCGACAUGUUCGGCUGCUGUCUGCCCGUCUGUGCCAUCGACUUCAACUGUUUACACGAGCUGGUGAAGCACGAGGAGAACGGACUGAUCUUCAGAGACUCUCAGGAGCUGGCAGAGCAGCUGAAGUCUCUCCUGUCAGACUUUCCCAGGUCAGACGGCAGACUGGAUGCAUUCAGGAGGAACCUCCGCACCAGCAGGGGGCAGCGCUGGGACGACAACUGGGACCAGAACGUCCUGCCUCUGCUCGCGGCUCAGUGACGGACACCAGGGUCGGACACAGAUUACAGAUUAUUUGAUUCUUUUACGGACAACAAGGACAGGGAAGUGGUUUCUUUUCUGAACCAGGAGACACAGGCUGAGAGGCAGAAUAAGAAUAUAUGAGCUGACAGAAAGUAAGAACUUUAUUUAUCUCCUGCAGCAUGAAGGCUUCAGGAGGGAGGAUCAGAGUGAAGGUUUGAAUUUCUCGGCGUGAAGCUCUUCGUAUAUAAAUCUGCAUCUGAAUGUAAAAAAGGACGUUGUGUCACGAUGUACAUUUGUAAAUAAAACCUCUUGUUACAGCUG